ACGGGGGUCUUUGGGAAUCAACUCCACUGAGCAGUGCUGGGAGGGGAGAUUUUUUUUUUUUUUCCUCUGACAAAAUGAGGGGAAACGCUGGGGGAAAAGAGUCCACUCUCAGCUAUCCCUCUGGGACUGCACACUGAACGAGGCAGAGACAAUAGCCGGUGUCCUCACGCGCACCGCACACCUGAACUUUUCCUGCGCGCCCGCCUUUUUUUUAUCUCCCUCUCAUCAGAAAUAACAGGCAUCAGCGAGGGUAGUAAUAAUCGUCAACUUUUUUUUUUUCACAGCCUUCGUGAUUCAGGAGUGAAAGUGUACUGCGGCUAUGGCCCCAGGGGGAAAAUGUAAGAGUGUGACUGCAGAGAAGUGACGCCCUGCCCGCAUCCAGAUGUUUCAUGUUUCCCCCUGCGCGCUCUUUGGAAGAGGUCCGGCUCGCAGAGGAACAGGGGGGAUCCUAAACACAACAGUUCAAGCUCCAUGUCACCAGAUCGGUUUUAAAAGGACGCUGAAUAACAUGUUUUUGGUGUAAAGGUGUUUGGAAUUGUAUCCAGGGUGUCCAUUUUUGUGUGUGUCUGUGUGCGUCUGGAGAAUGGAGCGCUGCAGACUGAGGACGCUCAUGCUGCUGGAGGUACAUUUGCUCUGGAUCUGUGCGCUGUCUGUGCAGGGGCUCCCCAGUCCAGAUCAAGACAAUGUGAUUGACCUCCUGGCAGCUCUAAACAUGUCCCACCACAUAACCGGCGUGUCCAGACUGCAGAGUGCCGGCAAUGUGACGUACAGAAUACGUCCAAGGGCCCCGUACCUGAGCCUUCCUCGGGAAUAUUCCAACUUCUUAUACUCCAACCUUCGGGCUGGCAUGGGGGUGCAUUUGGUGGGGCAUCAGGCGUCGAGCUCCAGCGCCACUCUUUUCUCUCUCUCCUCUGGGUCAUCCCCUAUUCUCCAAAUCAUCUCCUCCACCCUCAACAACACCCUGCGUUUGGACUACCGGGCCGGUGGAGGAGGAGCUCAGGGCCUCGUCAGCUUUCACUUCCCAAGGAGAAACCCCUUCUCCCGGGAGGAGUGGGUACAGCUGGCAGUGAGCCUGGAGACUGAUAGAGUGGCAUUUUUUGUAGACUGUCAAGAAGCCGUGGUUGUGCCGAUAAAAAAUAAAGAGAGAAUCAACCUGGAGCUGCCUCAGGAUGUUGCUGUCACUCUCGGCAGCACACCGGGAAAGAAGGACAGCAAAUUCAGUGGAUAUCUGAAGACGGCUGAGAUUUCACUGAGAGCGUAUCAUAAACGGCCGUGGCUCUGUGACAAUGUUACAGAUGCUCUGCCGUCGUCUCACAGCACAGAUUCUCAGACCGAUAGCAGACGAAUGCGCCAGCAGGAUGCCUCCCAUGGUAAACCUCAAACAAGCCACAGGCCAACAGACCAAACCAACCAUUAUCUCCAUGAAGUCCAGGGUGACCAGCUGCAGAGAGGUGUGGUGCUGGGGCCCCCAGGAUCUCCUCAAGGGGUAAAGUCUGUUUCUCAGGCACAGAGAGACGACAGGCUGAAGAAGCUGGAGAAGAGGCUGGAGGAGCUGGCUCAUAUGCUGGACAUGGUCAAAACUCAGAAUGCGGACCUACAGUCACGCGUGCAUUACCUGGAGGGUUGUGAGUGUGUGAGGCAGCGAUGUGUGUGGGAGGGCCGUGAAGUGGAGGAUGGCCAGCGUUGGCAGGUUGACCUCAACACCGUGUGUACGUGCGCAUCUGGAAAGGUCACAUGUCAAGCUAACAUCAAAGGGUGUGAGCCGGAUGGCACAGUUCAUAAUGUGUCCCACAGCAAUGUUGAUGGAAGUCAGACAUGUACGUGUAAGGGGGGUAACAGGGAAUGCUAUCCUACACCCUGCCCAACACUGGACUGCACCCAGAGGGAGACUUCACCCGAGGACUGCUGCCCACAGUGCAGAGGUUGUGUCCACUCUGGUGUCCAGUAUAACCACGGAGCCAAGUGGAGCCCAGAAGAGAACCCCUGUGACGUCUGCUACUGUUUGGAGGGUCACGUUCGCUGUGAGAGGGAGCAGUGCAACCCCCCCUGUAAAAACCCAGCUGCUCCUCCCCCCAAUACCUGCUGUCCCAUUUGUCAAGGUUGUGGUGUGAACGGUCACGACUUCCCUGACGGAGCUGUGAUCCCGACUGGAGACCGUUGUCAAGCGUGUACGUGUGUGAAUGGUAAUGUGGAUUGUUCGCCCCUCCCCUGUCCCGUCUUGUCUUGUCGAAACCCUGUGCAUCGCGCUGGAGACUGUUGCCCACGGUGCGAGCAGUGUGAAUACGAGUCCAGAGUGUUUGCAGAUGGACAGAAGUUCCCCUCCAGGAGAGACCCCUGCCUAGAGUGCCGCUGCUCUGGAGGUGAAGUGUCUUGUGAGCGUAUGGAUUCAUCAUGUCCCACACCUCGCUGCAGUCAUCCAGCUAAGCGCAAAGGAGAGUGCUGCCCCACAUGCGAUGAAUGUGAGUAUGACCGGAGGGUGUAUGCUGAUGGAAAAGUGUUCACCCCCGCUGGAAGUGGACCCUGCCUGCAGUGCAGAUGUAAGGGUGGUAACGUUAUCUGCCGUGAAGAGAAGUGCCCUCCUGUCCAGUGCUCCAACCCUGUUACAGACCCACAUCUCUGCUGUCCCAUAUGCAAAGCGUGUGUGUUGGACGGGGUGGAGUAUGAGGAGGGCUUCAACUGGCACCCUGAGGGUCCCUGCUCCAGCUGCACCUGUGUGAACGGAGAGGCCUUGUGCACACACACGCGCUGCGCCUCCACCGAGUGUCGUCAUCCCACCAAGAUCACCGGCUCCUGUUGUGCAGUGUGUGAAAGCUGCACCUACAACCAGCGUAUCUAUAACAAUGGCCAGAGGUUUACCACCCCUGACCAGCCCUGCCACAUCUGCACCUGUCAGCACGGCAGCGUGGAGUGUGAGAGGAGACCUUGUCCUCCACUCAACUGUUCCAAUUCGUACACACCACCUGGGGAGUGCUGCCCUAAAUGUCCAGACUGCUCCUUUGAAAAUCGUGUGUUUGUGGAUGGAGAGGCGUUUCCAAACCCCGUGAGUGUGUGUGAGGAGUGUAAGUGUGUGAGCGGCACGGUUGACUGCCACCAGGCACAGUGCCCUCAUCCUCGCUGCAACGCACCUCUACCUGGAAGCUGCUGUCAGAACAACUGCAACGGCUGCAGCUAUGCUGGGAAGGAGUAUCCCAAUGGGCAGGAGUUUCCACAUCCUACUGACAAAUGCAGGACAUGCAGCUGCAUAAAUGGGAAUGUUCAGUGUCUGAUGAAGAGGUGUCCACCACUGUCAUGCUCCAACCCAAACGUGCUGCCUGGAGACUGCUGCCCCCAGUGUCCUGCUCCUCCAGCGGACUGUGUGUAUGAACGCCGAACCUACAGACACUCUGAGCGCUUCUACCACCCGACUGACAGCUGUCAAUCAUGUGCCUGCACCGAUGGGAAAGUUCACUGUCAGCGCAAGCCCUGCCCCUUCGCUUCCUGUUCCCACCCCAUCACGCAGGAGUGCUGCCGCACCUGCGAAGGCUGCCUUUAUGAGGAUCGAGAGCGAGCUAACGGGGAGACGUGGGAUGAUGCUUCAGACCCGUGUGCGGCGUGUGUUUGUCGCGAGGGAUCUGUCCGAUGUGAGAGGAAGCGCUGCCCACCCGCCAACUGUAAGCACCCGGUCCAGAGGCAGUGCUGCAUGUCCUGUGAUGGCUGCAUGUUUCAUGGUAAAGAAUAUCCUGAUGGCACUGAGUUCGGUGACGACAAAGACCCCUGUAGCGUAUGUUACUGCUACGGAGGGGAGGUCGUCUGCACCAAGAUGCCCUGUUACGGGGAGUGCAGCCACCCUUACAAACCGCCCGGACAAUGCUGUGGAGAAUGUGAACGCUGUUUCUACAACAGUGCAGUCCUCACAAGUGGACAGUCAGUCCCUGACCCCGGAGACCUCUGCUCUGAGUGUACCUGCCAGACCGGCUCGGUGCGAUGUAGGAAGAAGUCGUGCUCAGCGGCCUCCUGUCCUCACCCGGUCACCAACGCAUGUGGCUGCCCUGUCUGCGACGGCUGUCAUUUCCGAGGCGUGACUUAUGCUGACGGACAGACCUUCCCUGGAGGAGAGGGAGGGUGCCAGGACUGCACAUGCUCAAGAGGUGAAGUAGUGUGUGCACGGCGGAGAUGCCCUGCUGUGUCGUGCCCUCACCCAGCUCUGGACGGCUGUGCGUGCGCCGUGUGUGACGGAUGCAACUUUCAUGGACGCGGCUGUUUCAACGGAGAACGUUUUCCCCACCCUACAGACCGCUGUCAGCUCUGCUCCUGUCUGAACGGUGCCGUGGUGUGCACACACGUGUCUUGUCCGAGUGUCGCCUGUGUGCGUCCGGUAACCCCUCCUGGAGAGUGCUGCCCCGUCUGCACAGGGAUUUGUCUCCAUCAGGGGAAGGAGUACCAGUCUGGCUCCACCUUCACUUCGCCCUCUGAUCCCUGCUUGUCAUGCUCCUGUCUGAAUGAGGUGGUGAACUGUCAGAGGAGACCUUGUCCGGUCCAGUGCUCCCAUCCGGUCCCCUCAGACUCCUGCUGCCCCGUCUGUGACUCCUGUCUGUAUGAGGACGUCAUCCACUCUCACGGUCACACCUUCACGCCCUCCACCAACCCCUGCCAGCGCUGUACUUGUGUCAGAGGCACCGUUACCUGUGUGCCCAUGGUCUGCCCGCCAACACCCUGCCUCCGAACUGUUACCAAGCCAGGACAAUGCUGUCCCGAGUGCCCAGUAUGUACGCUCGAUGGACAGGAGUUCAGCGACGGGCAGACAUGGAGCCUGAGUUCAAACCCCUGCUCCACCUGCACUUGCCAGGUAGGUGAGGUUCAUUGUGCGCCUCCCGAGUGCCCCAAGCUGCCUUGUAUGCAUCAGGUGACUGAUCCUGGAGCCUGCUGUCCUCGCUGCAGAGGUUGUAUGUACGGAGGAGAGGAGCAUACUGAGGGCAGCAGCUGGUUUGCAGACUCCACCCCCUGCAUGACCUGCAUGUGUGUGGACGGGGUGACCACGUGCUCUGAAGUACGCUGUCUGUCUCCCUGCAUCAACUUCAUCAGCGUGCCCGGGGAGUGCUGCCCCGUGUGUGCUGACUGUGUAUUUGAGGGCCGAGUGUACGGUCCAGAUGACAGCUUCCAUCCAGCUGACGACCCCUGUCAGGUCUGCACUUGUGAGGUGAUGCCGGACGGAGAGCAGCACCUGAGGUGUUACCGGAAGCAGUGUCCCAGUCUGGUGGACUGUCCCAAGAGCAACAUCUUGUUCUCGGGACCUGAAUCCUGCUGUCCUGUCUGUGCACAGCCUCUCAGUAACUGCACCUCUGCACUGAUCGGCAACGAGGUCCUGGCGACAGAUGACCCUUGUUUCACCUGCCACUGCCAGGACCUGACGUGGACCUGCUUACACCAGAUGUGCCUCCCGCUCACUUGCCCUCAUAAUGAACAGUUUACCCCUCCGGACUCAUGCUGCCCUGUGUGUAAAGAUUGUGUGAUUGAGGGCCAGAACAGACGCGUCGCCAACGGCAGCAGCUGGACUGACAGCGACGACCACUGCGUCACAUGUACCUGCAAUUGGGGCUACAUUGAGUGCAGCAUUGAAGAGUGUUUGCCAGCAGUUUGUCUGGAGGGUCAGAAACAAGUGAAGGCUCCUGGAAAAUGCUGCUAUGAAUGCCAAGACUCACAGGCGUCGUGUUUGUACCAGGGAACAGUAUAUCACUGUAACGAACGCUGGGAGGUGGAUGAGUGCACCAGCUGUACGUGCGUGUCUGGAGACGUUCACUGUCACACUGAGCGCUGCCCUCCCCUCACCUGCGCAACUGACGAGAUGCCAGCCAUUGUCCCUGGUUUGUGUUGUCCUCACUGCCUUCCUCGUCCAGCCACAUGCAUUGCCUUCGGAGACCCUCAUUAUCGCACCUUCGAUGGCCGCAUGCUGCACUUCCAGGGAACGUGCACAUAUAUCCUGGCACAGGACUGUGAGUCUGGAGACUUCAGUAUUCACGCGACCAACGACGAUCGUGGCCGUAAAGGAGUGUCCUGGACUAAAGAGGUGACCGUGUUUAUAGGAGACAUCAGCGUGCAGCUGCUGCAGGACUGGGUUGUGAAGGUGAACGAUGAGGUUGUGACUUUGCCGUUCCUCAAAGAACCAGAAAUCUAUGUCGAGCGACAAACCAACACCAUCUUACUCAACACUAACAUCGGGCUGAAGGUGCUGUGGAGUGGCCGUUCGCACCUAGAAGUGAGUGUGCCAGGCUCCUACAAGAGCCACACCUGUGGUCUUUGUGGAAACUUCAACAACUACUACCAGGAUGACCUCCGAAUGCCCAACGGACGAAUCAGCCUGUCAGAGUCUGACUUUGGCAACAGCUGGAAGGUCAAAAACGGCAGCCACUCCCUCUCAUCCUGUCGUCCCGGUGAGGAUGUCGACCCCUGUAAAGACGCAGGCUACCAGGCCAAGAAGGGGGCUAACGCUCGCUGCAAGGUGCUGAAGUCGGCUGCCUUCAAGCCCUGCCACCGCGUGGUGCCUCCUGAACCGUGGUACGGAGCCUGCGUGUACGACCUCUGCGCCUGCGGUGCCAAUACUGACGAGUGUCUGUGUGACACGCUGGAGGCCUACGCCAGCCAGUGCAGAGAAGCUGGAGUCGUCCUGCAGUGGAGGAGCCCAUCGCUGUGUGCUGUGGGCUGUCCGGUGGAGAGGGGCUUUGUGUUUGACGAGUGCGGACCCCCGUGUCCCGUUACCUGCUUUAACGUUGAUGUACCACUGGGGGUGAUAGAGAGCCACUGCUUCAAGCCCUGUGUACCAGGCUGCCAGUGUCCUGCUGGUCUGGUCCUACACAACAACCACUGCAUUCAGCCAGAAAAGUGCCCCAGGAUCAUUCACAGAAACCCCUCGUGAAGCUUGAAACAAGCACUUUCAAGUGUACUAGUACGCACGUACACACACACACACACACACACACGCACUGCCACCACUAAUAAUCUCCACGUAAGGGACUGCAAAAGACUGAAUGACAGAUGAACCUCCAUCACCUGUGGAUUUAACACAGUGACUGUGUGAAAUACUGCAUUUUUUUGUAUUAACAUUGUAAUAUUAUUAUUAUAUGUAGCACUGAAUAUUUAUACUACACAGGGUUUGUUGUUUUUAUUCCACAUGUUGAUUGGCAAUGUCGCUACCUGUUUGUUUUAUACAUGUAUGGUAUAUUGUCCACAGCCUUUAGGUUAUUUUAACAGUAUUAUUUAUCAGAAGAGCAUUUGUUUACUGUACAGGUUUAUUGUUGGAUUGUAUAAACAGUAAGCCUCAUAAUCUCAGGUACCCGUCUUUCAUUCUCCAAUGUACAAAUAAACAAAGGCUUUACUAAUAUUUGGGGUGUUUCAUUUUUUUUUUCUGAGGUUCAUUUUAUUACGCAUGAGUAUGUUCUUGGUAACGCUCUCUUGUUUUCAUUUCG